AUGGCUCCCGAGAGAAACCAGCGCACCAAGGCUGUCGUCGUGUCCUCCAACGGCAAAGGCAACGAAAACGACCCUGGCAUCACCGACGCCAGAGCCUGCGUCCGCGCCCGCGCCCGCGGCGGUGACGACGGCCCCGUGUCCCCUGUUUCCUCCUCCUCCUCGGCGUCAGCGUCUUCCUCCGCCUCUCCCUCUCCAGUCUCCGCGCCCGUCCCCUCUUCUUCCUCCUCCGCUGCCGUCAGCACGGGCAACCGUGUUGUUGGUGGUAGUGGGGGUAAAGCCAGGUGGAUGAGCGCCCCGGAGCAGGCGCGGUUGAAGUACGUGCACGUGCGAGCCGCGGCCUCGUACAUUGGUGUGCUCAGGUCGCCCUUCUUCCCCCAGGACGGAGCGGCGUACCUGGCGCACCUGGCGAGCGUCAAGGCGCGCGAGUUGGAGAAGAUGCGGGCCAAGCUGGAGGCGAGGCUGUCGAAAGAUGCCAAGGCAAAGUCAAAGUCGAAGUUGAAGUCGUCCGAGGGUUCGUCGUCGUCUCUCUGGGCUCUGUUGCCUGUUGUUGGGGUCUCUGGGGGUUUUGCAUCGUGCUGGGUCCCGCUUUACCAUGGCGGUGGUGGUGGUGCCUCCAAGCUGCUGCUGCUGCCUUCGGUAGAGCAUGGAUACCAUAACAAUGACAAUGACAAUUACAAUGACAAUGACAAUGUCGAAGGGAGUGUGAAGAGUGAGGGUGGUAAGGCCAAGGGGAAGGCUGUGUCUGCUGCUGCUGCUUCUUCGGAGGAGGAGGCGGCGGCGGCGGCGGCGGCGGCGGCGGCUGGAACCGAGCCGCCAUUUUCUUCUUCCACCUCCGGAGACGACCGUUCGUCUGGGGGUAACGAGGGGUCUCCCAGAGGCAACCCCAGCAAUAGGGUCAACACUAGCAUUGACACUCUUCCUUCUGCUUUUUCUUCUUCUGAAGCUUUCGCCGCGGCUGCCGGUACCUUCGACACCAUCAUCACCUCCGACACCCCCUCCGACACCACUUCUGCCGCCAACCGUGAUUUCUCUAUUCGUAGAGGACUCACGCCUCCUUCAUCUCCCUGCCCUCCCGCGCCUCGUCUAGCUCCCCUGCUGAAGGGCAAGACGGACUUGACAGAGGACUUCCUCUCGGUUGUCCUGGCCAAGCCGAAUCCAUUCACCGGAUUCUGGACCGUCAAGUGUCCGGAUUCGGAUAACGCAUCCUCGCCUGGGCCCGAGAACAUCCCGUUUCCAAGCGCGGCCGAGUACAUGUACGAAGCCAACCGCCGCGUCCGUCAGGUUUCCCUGGGGCAACCCAGCCUGAGCGCGCGUGAUUACGUUGUCGCUGCUGGUUCUGGCGACGUUCAUGCCGACAAGAGGAACAAGAAGAUGAAGAAGCAGAAGUGGAAGCAGGAAGGAAGCAAAGGUAGCAAGCUGCGUGCGCCCGAGUCCGCCAUGCCGCCUGUGUCUGUGGUCUGGGGUUCGCCCAGCCGUGCCUGGCCUUUGCCUCGCUGGCAAGGGCACAUCAGGAACGGUGAUGUUGGACACCAGAGCCACAAUCAGCAUAUGUACAUGGACGAAGGCUACGUGCGCCGCCUUUGGUCGGAGAAGCUGGAGCCACAUCAGCAGUUCGCGCGCCUAAGGAAGGCCGAACUUGCUUUGUAUGCCGGCCAGAAGCGAGAGCUGGCUGAGUCCGGGAUCGAGGGGCUCAUCACCUCUCCUACCGGCAGGACUCACCAUGAGCUCGAGCUGAUGGUCGGUGAGGCCCAGUUUGAUUUCAGAAGCAGCAGCAGACAGGUGGUUUCGGCUCCUGAUCUUGUUUAUCGCAGCAGUCUCGCCUCUUCGGUGGCAGAACCAGCUCACCAUCACACAGGUCUCUCCGCGGCGGCGGCUGAACCUCGCACUUCCACGAUGGUGGUUGAUGCCAUCAUCGCUCCCGCUACGGCGGUUGAAGCUGCACCCAUUACCCUCUCCUCUUCCUUUUUCUCCGCAACAGCCAUACCGUUUGUGCCGCGGUCCCUGGCUCCCAACGCUCCCAAGUUCGUGCCAACCGGUCAAGGUAGUGGAAAGGAUUCACUCUCUGCUACUGCCGAGGAGUUCGUUCCGCCUUUAUUUCUUGCCCCCGCCGCUGUCGUCCCCCAGCAGCACCAGUCAUCAGCAGUCAAGCAGUCUUCGAUGUCCUCAGAAACCCCCUCUUUGGUGCAGCAACAGCAGCACCAGUCGUCAGCAGCUGAGCAGUCGUCGUCGUCUUUGGACCCCGGCCGCGUCAACUCUUGGACGGAUCACCGCCGUGACCACCCUCGUGCGCCCCGGCACUUGAGGCCAUCUCGCCAAGGUCACCAGCGGAAUCAUCACCAGCCAGAGUUCGCACUUCGCCGCCUUCCCAGCGUGUCGUUCGGCUCUUGGUCUUUUCCUUCACACGCCUUCUUACCCCCUUGCGAACCCCAGGCUGCCACUGCUACCGAGGAGAAGAAAAAGCUGCCGCCCCCGUCUUUAUUCGAUCCAACCCGUCCAGACUUUGAGGAGAACUUCCCGCCUCUUGGUCAUACCCCAUCCCACGCCCACACCAAAGCCAAGCUGUCCAAGUCAUUCAAGCAGCAGCAGCAACAACAAUUUAAGGCCAACUCUCACCACGUUGUUGUUCAAGAUGAUCACGGCCGCAGCCAGGAGGACAUCUAUGCUGCCAGCCCUAUUCUUCAGUCUGCAUCGGCCACAGCUGUCGCCAGCACCAUCACCACUACCACUGGCAACAACACCACAAGCGAGAAGAGCGAGAGGAUCAAAGGCACCAUCAGCAGUGAUGGUGAUGGUGCAACUUUUGCCGGCCCUGAUGAGACUGGUGGCGACAGCCAUCCCCAGCCCCAGCUUCUUCCCGACGCUCCUGAGCAGUACUACAACGACGCGAUUCCGUCGAUUUACUCGGCGGAGGAAAAGCAUCUGCUCCUGCAGGCUAACCAUUCUGUCCCUGCCACUGGUCAUCCUCCUGCUGGCACCCCUUACCCUCCUGCUGGCCUUGGUCUGGUUCCUCUCCCCCUUUUUUCUGUGGGCACCACCCGUGGACCGCUUACUUUCCCGCCUGCGCCGUCUGCUUCCUACCCCCACGGCUACGGUUGCGGCUAUGAUCAACCGCCUUCCGGCCCUCCUCACGCCCACGCCCACGCCCACGCCUACGUCCAGGGUUACCAUCACCAACCUUCACAGCCUCUUCACCCCCAGCGCCGCGUCCACUUCGCCGACUACAACACGGUGAUCCACUUCCCUUCUUCGCCUUCGCCUUGGGGGAACGUAGGCGGCGUGUGGGGGUUGGUGCCUCAGCAGUGUCCAGAUGGUGAUAGCACUGGUUUUAGUUCUGCUUCCACUUCCGGGUUCGGUUCCCACUACACUCCUGCUUUCCUCCACCACAACGACGCAGGCCCAAACCCUUUCCCUCCCCGCCGUCCGACAGCCUCGGAGCAGCAGCUCCCCCUUCCGGCUCCCUACAACUACUUCUCUUGCUCUUCACGACUUAUCCCCUCUCACCUCUUUGAGCGGGCUCAAGUCGGUUUUCAGCAGCAGCAGCAGCAGCAGCAGCAAUCCCCUCCUGUCUUCAACUCCGGCUACCACCACGCCGCUUUCCCCGCUUUCAACGCGGGUUCGGUCCCGCCGUUUUCGUGGGAGAUCCUGGAGAUGGUGAAUGUGUUGGACUUGGUGGAGGACUUGAGGAGUGCGGGGGUGGUGGAGAGGGAGGCGGAGGCGUGGCAGUUGAGGGCGCCGGUUGGUGAGAGAACGUGGGAUUUGAGUUUUGGAGAGGGAAGUUGGGAUGUGCAAGGGGAAGUGGAGGAGAUUAGGUUGGAGGAGGUGUCUGUUGUGGUAAGGGAGUUGGUGAAGGAAAUUGAUGAGUUUGAUGAUUAG